GCCUCUUUGAUUGGCCAGGGGCCGCUGGGCGCUGUGACGACAGAGCGGCUGGCGGGAAUCGCUUCGAUCUGCGGGCCCAGGAACGCUGCCUUGGUUGGCUGCGGAGCUCUCACUUUUCUCGAGUUCUCGUUUGUAGCUAACCCGGAUCCGAGGUACGAGGGGUCCCGGAGCGGAACAACUAAGAACCAGAUUCCUCUUGUCGCGUAGCUCGCAACAUCAUGUCGUCCCCGGCGUCCACCCCGAGCCGCCGCAGCAGCCGACGCGGACGAGUCACCCCAACCCAGUCCCUUCGUAGUGAAGAAAACAGCAGGUCGUCUCCCAAUCGUAGACGUAGAGGCGAAGAUUCUUCCACCGGAGAGCUGCCACCAAUGCCCACCUCACCAGGAGCGGACCUGCAGAGCCCAACUGCACAGAAUGCCUUGUUUUCCAGCCCUCCUCAGAUGCAUUCUUCAGCUAUUCCUUUGGACUUUGAUGUUAGUUCACCAUUGACAUAUGGCACUCCCAGCUCUCGAGUGGAAGGAACCCCAAGAAGUGGGGUGAGAGGCACACCUGUGAGGCAGAGGCCAGACCUGGGCUCAGCACGAAAGGGUUUGCAGGUGGAUCUGCAGUCUGAUGGAGCAGCAGCAGAAGACACAGUAGCAAGUGAACAGUCUCUAGGCCAAAAACUUGUGAUUUGGGGAACAGAUGUGAAUGUGGCGACGUGCAAAGAAAAUUUUCAGAGAUUCCUUCAGUGUUUUACCGAUCCUCUGGCCAAAGAAGAAGAAAAUGUUGGCAUAGAUAUUACUCAACCUUUGUACAUGCAACGACUUGCAGAGAUUAAUAUUACAGGAGAGCCAUUUUUAAAUGUGAACUGUGAACAUAUAAAAUCAUUUGGUAAAAAUUUAUAUAGACAGCUCGUCUCCUACCCACAGGAGGUUAUACCAACCUUUGACAUGGCUGUCAACGAGAUCUUCUUUGACCGUUAUCCUGAUUCCAUCUUAGAACAUCAGAUUCAAGUCAGACCUUUUAAUGCAUUGAAGACAAAGAGUAUGAGAAACUUAAAUCCAGAAGACAUUGAUCAGCUCAUUACCAUCAGUGGUAUGGUCAUCAGAACAUCACAGCUGAUUCCCGAGAUGCAGGAGGCUUUUUUCCAAUGCCAAGUCUGUGCCCACACCACCCGGGUGGAGAUGGACCGAGGCCGAAUUGCUGAGCCCUGCACUUGUGUACACUGCCACACUGCCCACAGCAUGGCACUGAUCCACAACCGUUCACUAUUCUCUGACAAGCAAAUGAUCAAGCUUCAAGAGUCUCCUGAAGACAUGCCUGCUGGGCAGACACCUCACACUGUUGUCCUUUUUGCCCACAAUGAUCUUGUAGACAAGGUUCAGCCAGGGGACAGAGUGAAUGUCACAGGCAUAUAUCGAGCAGUACCUAUUCGAGUUAAUCCAAGAGUGAGCAAUGUGAAGUCUGUCUAUAAAACCCACAUUGAUGUCAUUCAUUAUCGGAAAACGGAUGCAAAACGUCUGCAUGGCCUAGAUGAAGAAGCAGAACAGAAACUUUUUUCAGAGAAACGUGUGAACUUGCUUAAGGAACUUUCCAGGAAGCCAGAUAUUUAUGAGCGGCUUGCUUCAGCCUUGGCUCCCAGCAUUUAUGAACAUGAAGAUAUAAAAAAGGGAAUUCUACUUCAGCUCUUUGGUGGAACAAGGAAAGAUUUCAGUCACACUGGAAGGGGUAAGUUCCGUGCUGAGAUCAACGUCCUUCUGUGUGGUGACCCUGGCACCAGCAAGUCCCAGCUGCUACAGUAUGUAUACAACCUGGUUCCCAGAGGCCAGUACACAUCUGGAAAAGGCUCCAGUGCAGUUGGCCUCACAGCUUAUGUGAUGAAGGACCCUGACACCAGGCAGCUCGUCCUCCAGACAGGUGCCCUUGUCCUGAGUGACAAUGGCAUAUGUUGCAUCGAUGAGUUUGACAAAAUGAAUGAAAGCACAAGGUCGGUGCUGCAUGAGGUCAUGGAACAGCAGACUCUGUCCAUUGCUAAGGCUGGGAUCAUCUGUCAGCUCAAUGCGCGCACCUCCGUCCUGGCAGCAGCAAAUCCUAUUGAGUCUCAGUGGAAUCCUAAAAAAACAACUAUUGAAAAUAUCCAGCUACCACACACAUUGUUGUCGAGAUUUGAUCUCAUUUUCCUCAUGCUAGACCCUCAGGAUGAGGCAUAUGACCGACGUUUAGCUCAUCACCUGGUUUCAUUGUACUACCAAAGUGAGGAGCAAGUGGAGGAGGAGUUUCUAGACAUGGCAGUGCUGAAAGACUACAUUGCAUAUGCACAUAGUACCAUCAUGCCCCGGCUGAGUGAAGAGGCCAGCCAGGCUCUCAUUGAGGCUUAUGUAAACAUGAGGAAGAUCGGGAGUAGCCGGGGGAUGGUUUCUGCUUACCCUCGACAGCUAGAGUCAUUAAUUCGCUUAGCAGAAGCCCAUGCUAAAGUAAGAUUUUCAAACAAAGUUGAAGCAAUCGAUGUGGAAGAGGCAAAACGCCUUCACCGGGAGGCUCUGAAGCAGUCUGCAACUGACCCCCGUACUGGCAUUGUGGAUAUAUCUAUUCUUACUACAGGAAUGAGUGCCACUUCUCGUAAACGGAAAGAAGAAUUAGCUGAAGCAUUGAGAAAACUUAUUUUAUCUAAGGGUAAAACACCAGCCUUAAAGUAUCAACAGCUGUUUGAGGAUAUUCGGGGACAAUCUGACACAGCAAUUACCAAGGAUAUGUUUGAAGAGGCCCUGCGUGCCUUGGCUGAUGAUGAUUUCCUAACAGUGACUGGGAAGACUGUCCGCCUGCUCUGAGCUGCCCGUCCCUCGGACUAGAGUCAGUCACUAUGUUAUUCAUGCAAAUGGAGUCUGAAAGGCAGUAUUCCACUAUACAAACAUUUUCUUCUAUCUUGGGAUGUAUUUUGUUAGUAAAUGUAUGUUUUCACCUUUUUUUGUUAACAUUUUAAAUUAACAUAUACAGUAGAGAUUAUGUUCUCGAUAUGCCAUAUUUUUUAAGCACCUUGCUUCUCACCUGUUUGUACAUAGCCUAAGCCCAGUUUUGGAGGAUUUUUUCUUUAAUGUGGGGGCUUUGACUUUGUUGUGUUGCAGUGCUGGAGGUGAAGCGAAGAGUAGCAUGCAUGCUGUAUGUAUAAGCCAUGUCCUUAGUGUGUGGAGAAUUAUGUGCUUGGAGGUAACAAAUGGUGAUGUGAUGGGCUAAGGAUUUUUAUAACACCUGGACCUGUCUUUCUUUACAGAGACUUUUUCCCCAUGACUAUUGUUAGAACAGAAAUAUGCUUGAAAAAUUAUUAGAUCAAGUUGCCUUCUGUUUUUUCCUAAUAUGUAAAACAUUUUCCUAAAUAAAUGAUAGAAAAGUAA